AUGACUUCCAGCCUGGCAUCAUGCAUCUUUUGCAAGAUCAUCAAGGGCGAGAUCCCUUGCUUCAAGCUCUUUGAGAGCGACAAGACGCUGGCCUUCCUCGACAUCAACCCGCUCAGCCGUGGCCAUGCUCUCGUCAUCCCCAAGUACCACGGCGCCAAGCUGUCUGAUAUCCCUGACGAGCACCUCAGCGAGAUUCUCCCCGUCGCGAAGAAGCUCGUUGCCGCGACUGGCGCCACGGAUUGCAACAUUCUCCAGAACAACGGCCGCAUCGCCCACCAGGUCGUCGAUCACAUUCCUAAGCCCAACGAAACCGAGGGCCUCGGCGUCGGCUGGCCCCAGCAGCAGACCGACAUGGACAAGCUCAAGGCCCUUUUUGAGGAUAUCAAAUCCAAGAUGUAA